UUGCAUCUCCCAGUUUGUUUUCAGCGCUGCUGUGAGGGAGGAAGGGGCUGUCUUUGCAGCGAGCUCCUGCAGAGUGGCCCCGCACGGCCAGAGUGGGCUCGCCAUGGUGGGAGCCAGCUCCCCACAAAGCAGGCAGCAGCUUGCCAGCGGGAAGUAUCGGCUUCCUGUUCUCGGCCGUGGGUUGUCACUGUCUACUAAUAUGACCGCUGUGCCAUCUCUCCACAAAUAAGGCAGAAGCUGCUACCUGAUUGGUAACAUCUCACUUUCCUGCACGUUGAUUUCCUUGCUCUCCUCCUUUCUUCAUAAAAAGAGGGACAAGUGGCUGGUGCUGUGGACAGAAAAGCUUCAAUUUUAGUAUGAGACAGUCUCUCUCUUCUUUCAGGAGAGGGAAGUUGGAUUAUCAAUUCUUUUGUAAAUGUGUAUGGUGAUAUUUGCUCCGCUCUUUGCGAUCUUUGCCUUUGCAACAUGCGGUGGCUACUCUGGAGGCCUGCGGCUGAGUGUGGACUGUGCCAACAAGACAGAAAGUAACCUCAGCGUGGACAUUGCCUUCGCCUACCCCUUCAGGUUGCACCAGGUGACCUUCGAGGUGCCCACCUGCGAGGGGAAGGGACGGCAGAAGCUGGCGCUGACUGGCGACUCCUCGUCCUCGGCAGAGUUCUUUGUCACCGUGGCUGUCUUCGCCUUCCUCUACUCUCUGGCCGCCACCGUUGUUUACAUUUUCUUCCAGAACAAGUACCGGGAGAACAACCGGGGCCCACUGAUUGACUUCAUUGUAACUGUGGUUUUCUCCUUCUUGUGGCUCGUGGGUUCAUCUGCUUGGGCGAAGGGGCUAUCUGAUGUCAAAGUUGCAACAGACCCUAAAGAAGUCUUGUUAUUAAUGUCAGCUUGCAAGCAGCCAGCUAACAAGUGCAUGGCGGUCCACAGCCCUAUCAUGUCCAGCUUAAACACCUCUGUGGUGUUUGGAUUCUUGAACUUUAUUCUCUGGGCUGGAAACAUAUGGUUUGUUUUCAAGGAGACCGGCUGGCAUUCCUCGGGACAGAGGUAUCUUUCGGACCCCAUGGAAAAGCACUCCAGCAGCUACAACCAAGGCGGGUACAACCAAGACAGCUAUGGGGCGGGCGGAGGGUACAGCCAGCAGGCGAGCAUGGGGCCAUCCUCCGAGGAGUUCGGCCAGCCAGCCAGCGGCCCUACUUCCUUCACCAAUCAAAUUUAACAGGGUGGCAUUUGCAUUUUCCAGGAGCUAGCCUCACCACCUGCCAUCUCAGGGGCAGAAGUUUUUAAGAGUUUGAAUCAAUUAUUAAUGCAGAGUGUUGAAUGUAAAUCGGAGAUCUGUAGUCCUCAUUAAGGCAGACAGGCCUGGGUCGUAAUGAAUGGAACUUAGGCGGGAGAUGGCAAGGGGGACCUGUUACUCACCACAGACGGCUCAGUGGAGAGCACCUUGUUACGUACACACACUCGAUGGUCGUUUUGUAUGUAUGUUGAGACAGUAGAAGUAUCUGUAGCUUCAAGUCCCUGGUGUGUUAUAUGCAUAAGGUAAAUUAAAUAGUAUUGAGUUUUCCUGUGCAUUUUGAUGCAGAAGACGUUUUAAUGAUUCUAGACAACAACUUGGUGUAUCAUGGCAUGCGUGUAUUUUUGUUUUUUAGUUCUAAGCCCUGUAGGACUGCAAGUCUAUUUGUUUCAGGCUGUUACUUUGUGUUUUUUUAACUUGAUGAUCAGUGCUCAUACAAUUUAGUGCAUGCAUAAGCAUUUUCUCACACAAUAAACAUUAGAGUUGUAUUUAUGAGGAUUUUCCAGUUUGCACCAUGAAUUUGUUAAACAGACAUUUAAAGAAAAAUAUUCACUACUUUGUAUACUUUUCAGAUUUGUCUCUCUGGCUUUACCCAAGUCCUGGAUGCAUUGUAACUAAACUUUGGGGAUUUUCCUUAUUAGUAGACAGCCAAUGCUGUGUAUGGUAACUGCCCAGUAUUUAUUCUGUUUACUUAGCUAAAUAUUUACAUUCCUGUAACUUUCUGUGGUGUUUUGUGGUUAUGUCCUGUGGACCAUAAAUAAUACAGCCCAAUAAUUGUCCGUACUCAGAGUGCUGUUUUUUCUUAGACUACCUGAGAUGCAGAUGUCAGGUGCUGCUGUGCUAAAAUGUUUAUCUACAUGGGAUAUUCUGCAGGCAUCCACGGCCAGCCAGACAUUUAAAUCAUAUUUAUUUGUAGAGUUAGUAUGUUCCUAGAUCCAGUUAUUAAAAAUUCUCCAGUCACAGCUCAACAGAGUUACUAAUUCUGAGUGUAACCCAUAAAUUGAAAGUGGUUUCCAUGGGCCACUGUGUAUUCUAAAGAAACUUCUCAUAAAACAGUCCCCAGAAUGCAUUCAUUAUCAAGAAAAUGCCAAUCUUUGCCAUUCCGUUUUAACUCCAUUAAAACACCAGAGUCCCCCAGGAAGAGCAAGCUGAGCAUCUGCAUUCCAGAUGAAGUCACUCUCAGCGUACCAGCCCACAGUGUGAUCUGUGAUUUGGAAGCAUUUUAGCAGAAAACAGCCUUGUGUCCUAGAUGAGAUGUGUACCAGCUCCUUGAUCUGCUGGGUAAAUCUGUAUUGUGAUGUUCAUUUGAAUUUAAUAAAGUGAUUGCUUACAAUGCUGGCUGAG